CCUCAACCAAGCUUGCACUCUCCUGGAGACUGGAAGCAAGUUGAAGCAAAAGAUCAAUGGCGGAGGGGAAGGCGGAGGCAGAGCCUGUGAUUAUUGGGGGCAUGGUUUUGGACAUUCAAGCAACUUCUUCAAUACCUCCACACCCUAGAUCCACCUGUCCCGGAAAGGUGUAUUAUGUGCUAGGAGGGGUUGCAAGGAAUAUUGCUGAAUGUAUGUGGAAGCUUGGAGCCAAGCCUUUUAUGAUCAGUGCUGUGGGAUUUGAUGUGGCAGGAAAGUUGUUGUUGGAGCAUUGGGAAUCCACAAAGCUGUCAACAGAAGGCAUAAGGAAGCACCAAGAUAUCAAGACUGCUACUGUAUGUCAUAUACUUGAUGUUGGUGGAGAAGUGGCAGCUGGUGUUGCAAGUCUUGAUUCAAUUGAAAGGUAUCUAACACCUCAGUGGAUUCAGCAAUUCAGGCCCAACAUACAUUCUGCUCCUGUAUUGAUGGUUGAUGCAAACUUGAGUCUUCCUGCUUUAGAAGCUGCUUGCCAAAUGGCAGUAGAUUCUAAUGUGCCAGUGUGGUUUGAACCUGUAUCAAUUGCAAAAUCAAAAAGAAUUGCUACCAUUGCUAAGUAUGUGACUUUUACUUCACCCAAUGAAGAUGAGUUAAUAGCAAUGGCAAAUGCUCUGUCUUCUGAAGAUGUUUUUCACCCAAUUGAAAAGAAGAUGUAUUCUAGAGAUGCCUUGCUCCACUUGCUGAAACCUCCAAUCUUGGUUUUGUUGGAGAAGGGUAUCAAAAUUGUUGUUCUAACUCUAGGUUCAGAUGGAGUGUUCUUAUGUUUUAAAGGAGAGCCAAACAUCUUGAGGAUUGGUCAAGGAAAGAUAAAGUCAUCUGCGUUCAGUAGAAAGUUAUUUGAAAGUAUGACAUCAAGCUCUCCUCCAGAUUGGUAUUCUAGUGGUACAAUUCAUGACGGAAUCUCUAAUUUUCUGGUUGUCCAUUUUCCUGCACUCCCUGCAUCAGUAGUUAGGCUUACUGGAGCUGGUGAUUGCUUGGUUGGUGGGACUCUUGCUUCUAUAUGUAUAGGUUUAGAUUUGAUGCAGAGUAUAGCUGUAGGUAUUGCAGCAGCCAAAGCUGCUGUUGAGGCUGAAAGCAAUGUGCCUUCCCAAUUUAACUUGGAUUCCAUUGCAGAAUGGAGACAUGAGCCUUUUGUCACUUCUGAGGCACAAUGGAACCAAGAUGAUCCUAUCAUAAAAUCUGUAGGUGAUGCAAGGACUGUAUACCAUACCGCAAGAGUUUUGUCCAGUCCAUCGAAGCUGUAACUUUCAGUGCAUAAAUUGACAUGAAAAGCUUGGAACAUUGAAAUGCAGCUGAGCCUCGCACCCGCUUCAUUUGGGAAAGGUUUCCUCAUCUUUCACUUGUGCCUCUGGUGCUUUUGAGCUUUGGAUGCCAAGUUCUAGUAUAGGACUUCAGAAAUAAGUAAUGCAUGCACCCAGACUAAGUUAUGGUUACCCUUCUUCCUUGUACAUUGGCACGUAGAUUUCAGCUAUGAAGGGUAUCAAAGUAUUGAUGGGAGGCUUUGUUUGUUGGCGUAACUUCCCUAUUAUCACAUGUCAGGUCUUGUUUGUUAAUCCCACACAAUCAUGUUGGGGCAGAGGAGUACUUACAUAUUUUUUUGGUCAACUUAUGAAAAUAAAACAAAAUCAAGAAGUUUAUUUAGAAUGAUGUUUACUGAAACAUAUUAUUGUUGCAUCCACAAUAUAUAAAUUCAAAUGAA